ACGCCUAAGUCUCGCGAGAAAGGUUUGUGACGUCUGGCUUAGCUAUCGGGCUAAGGAGCUUGGCAUCACCGGCGUUGCGGGACGUUUAAGCAGCGAUUCUGUACUGCGGGCUGUGUGAAGAAACCGGGACUGUCCCGCAAAAGCCGGGCUAUCAGGCGGCCCAGCUCAGUCCAACACACCAUCUCAAGCCAAGUUCUUUUCCAGCGUUGUAUUUCCCAAGUGCCGAGUAAAGUAACUCAUUCAUACACAAACAGCAAGUUUGGUGCCGAUUACUCUCUCAGCUAUGCAAUGUUGUCUCAAAAUUCUAUGCCACAGCAUAAACCAAGUUUAGUAAAUACAAACAAUUUAUCCCAUCAGUUUUACCAUAGUCCAUCUCCAGGCCAUGAUAUUCCAGCUUCACAAAAACCAGCCGAGGGGAUAGGUCUUUCUGCCACCCAGGGACCUCCUGGUGUUUUACAACCAUACCCAACAUUUACUGGCAAUCACAGCUAUGCUUCUUAUCCUGGUAACCCCUCGUAUACACCUCAGGGAUUAUCCGGUUAUUCUGAUCACAUUUCUUCAUCUGUGUCUAGCCAACACUAUUCAGGAGCUCAGUAUGCAAGUUCAUCUGCUAGCACGCAGUAUAGCCAAGUGAUAUACUCCCACAAUGUUCAUGCAUGUGCUCAGGUGACUAACACAACCCAAAAUGUGCAAACAUCUGGGGGCUCUUCUCUACUUCAUCAGGACUUGAAGAGGCACAAUACAACCCCUGUGUCCACUGUAGAUCAACUGGGUGCCUGGGAUGUUCACAUGCAGAAUCAUGGUGCACCUUCAUCCUUUGGACAACAGAAUAUUCAUUCAGACACCCAAUCACCAAGACCUGCAGCUGUAAUAUCUCCUGCAUCCUUCCAUCAUUCAACACUGCAAGAAGGCAUGCAGUUUGGUGGAUAUAAUCAUGCUAACUCUGCACCAACUCCCUCUUCAUCUAGUUCAGAGGAUGAAGAGGAGGAGGAUGAGGAAGCAGGUUUUGAAAGCUCCUCAACAACCAGCACAGCAUCCCUAGAGCCCACAAACUAUGAUGUCUUAGAAGGAGGAGGUUAUACAGAACCAACUUCAACAACCAGCACUCCAGCCUUUAUCAACCCCGUUUCACAAGCAUCAAAGCAGACCAAGCCAGUUGGCCAAGUAUAUCCGGCUCUUCAACCUGGUUAUCAGAAUGCUGCUCCCCCACAUGGCUCUCAGUCCAGUUCUCCGAUACACCGGCCUAGCUAUCCGCAAUAUAAUUCUAAUUACAGUGGGUUGAACCAGCUGCCUGCUUCCCUUGGAGGAUUAAGCCUUCAACAGGCUCAGCAGCCAGAAGGCCUGCGUCCUAUAAACCUUAUCCAAGAUCGAAAUCUCCUUCCUAUAUUGAAUGUGCCGGCUCCAAUUCCCAACCUAAAUUCAGAUCUGAAAAGGUUAAACUGCAACCCCAAUUCAUUUAGAUGCACACUGACAAAUAUUCCACAGACACAAGCUCUCUUGAACAAAGCUAAGCUUCCUUUAGGAUUACUACUUCAUCCCUUCAGAAGCAAACCGCGGAUACCAGUCUUAUCUCCUAGCACAAUUGUGAGGUGCAGGUCUUGCAGAACAUAUAUUAAUCCCUUUGUAUCAUUUAUUGACCAGAGGAGGUGGAAAUGCAACCUAUGCUACAGGAUAAAUGAUGUACCAGAAGAAUUUAUGUAUAACCCAGUGACUCGAUCCUAUGGGGAGCCUCACAAACGUCCAGAGGUUCAGAAUUCAUCGGUGGAGUUUAUUGCUUCGUCUGACUAUAUGCUACGGCCUCCUCCACCGGCAGUAUAUCUGUUUGUUCUGGAUGUCUCGUACAAUGCUAUUGAAUCUGGAUACUUGAGGGUCUUUUCCCAGUCCCUUCUGGAUAAUUUGGACAAGCUACGAGGAGAUUCCCGAACCAAAAUAGGAUUUAUUACUUUUGACAGUACUGUUCAUUUUUACAAUUUACAAGAAGGCCUUUCUCAACCCCAGAUGUUGAUGGUUACAGAUAUUGAAGAUAUUUUCUUGCCUACACCUGAUGGUUUGCUUGUAAAUAUGCAUGAAAGCAAAGAGCUCAUCAAGGAUCUGUUAACUGCUUUGCCCAGCAUGUUUGCCAACACAAGAGAAACGCAUAGUGCUCUAGGUCCUGCCCUUCAAGGAGCUGUCAAAUUGAUGUCUCCUACAGGAGGCAGAAUUUCAGUUUUUCAAACUCAGCUGCCAUCUUUAGGAGCAGGACUUUUGCAGUCAAGAGAGGAUCCAAAUCAAAGAUCAAGUACUAAGGGGGUGCAACAUCUGGGCCCAGCCACUGACUUUUACAAGAAAUUAGCACUGGACUGCUCAGGACAACAAACUGCUGUGGAUUUGUUUUUGUUAAGUUCCCAAUAUUCUGACCUUGCCUCACUAGCUUGUAUGUCAAAAUAUUCUGCAGGAUGUGUAUAUUAUUACCCCAUGUUCCACCAUACCCAUAAUUUAGCUCAGGCAGAAAAGCUGAAGAAAGAUCUUGAUCAUUAUCUCACAAGAAAGAUUGGAUUUGAAGCUGUUAUGAGAAUACGAUGUACUAAAGGUCUCUCAAUACACACUUUCCAUGGGAAUUUAUUUGUACGUUCUACGGAUCUUCUGUCACUUGCUAAUAUUCAUGAAGAUGCUGGGUUUGCAGUACAAAUGUCUAUUGAGGAAAGCCUAACGGACACGUCUUUGGCUUGUUUUCAAGUUGCGCUUCUUUAUACAUCUCGCAAAGGUCAGCGUAGGAUUCGUGUCCACACAUUGUGCUUGCCAGUCGUAAAUUCACUGCCUGAUGUGUUUGCCGGAGCAGAUGUUCAAGCAAUUACCUGCCUUUUGGCAAAUAUGGCUGUAGACAGGUCAAUUUCCUCAAGUCUUUCUGAUGCAAGAGAUGCUUUAGUAAAUGCAGUAGUAGAUUCAUUGGCGUCCUACAGUUCGACACUUUCAAACCUUCAGCAGUCCACAUUGAUUUCACCAAAUUCUCUCAGAAUGUUUCCACUUUAUAUGUUGGCACUCCUGAAACAGAAAGCCUUCAGAACUGGCACUAGCACACGACUGGACGAUAGAGUGUUUGCAAUGUCUCAUAUGAAAUGUCAGCCAGUUGGCCGUCUAAUGAAGAUGAUUCAUCCACACCUCUACAGAAUAGACAGACUUACCGAUGAGGGUGCUAUUCAUGUAAAUGACUGUGUUGUGCCACAACCUUCUCUUCAGUCUUUAUCAGCAGAAAAACUGUCAAGGGAAGGGGCAUUCCUUAUGGAUUCUGGUUUGUCUCUCUACAUUUGGAUAGGAAGGAAUUGUUCAAAUAGCUUUUUAAGUGAUGUUCUUGGAUUUCCAAACUAUGCAUCCGUUCCACAGAAAUUGACCUGUCUCCCAGAUUUAAACACAACAGCAUCAGAAAGACUGAGAAAUUUUAUUUCAUGGCUCAAAGAAGAUAGUCCAUUAAACCCUGUUCUGUAUGUAAUAAAGGACGACAGUGCAGCAAAGACUAACUUCUUUCAACAUUUAAUUGAAGACCGGACGGAAGCUGCAUUUUCAUACUACGAGUUCCUGCUUCAUAUUCAGCAGCAAGUUUGCAAGUGAAGAUGCAAUACAGAAAUGCAGCGAGGCAGAAAGUUCCCAAGAAAGGUGUGUGUGGAUUAAAUGGAAACUGACAAAGCAAGCAAUGUAUGAAGAGCAAGUUUCCAUUAUGAGAAGCAAAGUUGGAGGAGACAAGAGUAUAGCUUCAGUUCUAUGCAGGUUUAUGUAUGUUGAGUUAAGUAGCAUUAUGGUGCUGUGGUCAUUUUAUGUGAGCAGGUUCUUUCUUUGCAGAGGAAUUAGCAAAAAUUUUAUUAUUUACUUUAUUAUUCAUCUUUCCUUCCGGAAUAAAGAGAUGCCAAACACCAGUUGUACCUUUAAACAUUUUAAAUGAAUAUUUAUGAAAUUUGGCAUCCUUGACCCGGAAGAUUAGACUUAAAUGACUUAUAUUGAGAUAACAAUAAAAUAUCUAAUGUAAAUAGAUUUGUAUUUGUAAAGUAAAUGGAAACAUGUAACUACUGAUUUACUGAAUUAAGUGUGGAACUCAUAAGUCCAACAGAGGUUUGCUUGGGUCUGAAAGAAGUUUAUCACCACCAGAUCCUCUCCUCUUUCUGUUACAACUUUUCUGUGAAUAUAUUUAUGACGGACCUGUUAAUUAAAAUAUUUUGCUUGAUAAUGUGUUUUUAUACCUAAGUAAUAGCUAUUUUUAACUUUAAGGUAUGCACACACAAUAUAUAUUAUAAUUGACACUUUGUUUGAGUAAACAUUUUAAUCCCUUG